CAGACGCACAGUCAUGGCGGACAGCGCGAGCGAGAGCGACACUGACGGAGCGGGGAGCAGCUCAGCGGUACCGAUGUCGACCUCUGCGUCUAAUUCGGGGAAACCGAGCAUCGUCAUCUCACAGUUCCGCCUGGAGGAGCUGACAAACCGCCUGGCCUCACUGCAGCAGGAGAACAAAGUUCUAAAAAUCGAGCUUGAGACGUUCAAACUCAAGUGCAAAGCCCUGCAGGAGGAGAACCGGGACCUCCGCAAGGCUAGCGUCACCAUUCAAGCAAGGGCAGAACAGGAGGAGGAAUUUAUCAGCAACACCUUGUUUAAGAAGAUCCAGGCCCUUCAGAAGGAAAAGGAGACAUUGGCAGUAAACUAUGAGAAGGAGGAGGAAUUUCUCACCAAUGAACUGUCGAGAAAACUCAUGCAACUCCAGCAUGAGAAGGCCGAGUUGGAGCAGCACCUCGAGCAGGAGCAGGAGUUCCAGGUCAACAAGCUUAUGAAGAAGAUCAAGAAGAUGGAGAAUGAAACCAUCUCGAAGCAACUUACCUUGGAACAGUUGAGACGGGAGAAGAUUGACCUUGAAAACACUUUAGAACAGGAACAAGAAGCCCUCGUCAACAGACUGUGGAAGCGGAUGGAUAAACUAGAGGCAGAGAAAAGAAUCCUGCAGGAGAAGUUGGACCAACCAGUGUCCGCCCCUCCUUCACCAAGAGAUGUCUCCAUGGAGAUUGACUCGCCAGAGAACAUGAUGCGGCAUAUCCGUUUCCUGAAGAACGAGGUGGAGAGACUUAAAAAAAGCCUGCGCACAACCGAACUGCAGCACACAGAGAAGCGCGCCCAGUACAUAGAAGAGGAGCGACACAUGAGGGAGGAAAACAUCCGGCUGCAGAGAAAACUCCAGAGAGAAAUGGAACGCCGGGAAGCUCUGUGCAGACAGCUGUCAGAGAGUGAAUCCAGUCUGGAGAUGGACGAUGAGAGGUACUUCAACGAGAUGUCUGCGCAGGGUUUGCGAGCACGGACGGUGUCCAGCCCCAUUCCCUACACCCCCUCCCCCAGUUCCAGCCGCCCCAUUUCACCUGGUCUUUCAUAUGGGAGCCACACAGUUGGCUUCACCCCGCCAGCAACGCUGUCCAGAGCCGCCAUCUCUCACUACAACACGCCCGCCCUGCACGUCCACGGAAGUUCCUCUCACGCUGUAGCGAGGCCUUCUCCCAGAAGAAGCACCAGUCCCGACAAAUUUAAGCGUCCGACUCCUCCUCCAUCUCCCAACACACACUCAGGGGCCCAACAGCCUCAGCCGCCGCUCCCCCCACCGGCCCAGCCCAUGGUCCAGUCCAUGUCCUCGCCGGCAGCUAUGUCGCAUCACGCGACAGCAGCACAGCCGCCUUCUUCACAGCCUUAACGUGUCACACACAGUCUCCGUCUCCGCGCAUGGGCGCCCACUGAUGCCACGACGCUACCGCAGCUUCCGUCAUUAACAGCUCUGGAAGUUUCUUACUCUUUACCAACUCCACCAAGAAGCAGCUCGAAAGGUUUCAAAGGAGAAGAAAAAAUCAACCUCAGUGGAGAUGGUGGCCCGCCGAUUCCACAUGUGGCGUUACUUAAUGAUUCUUGAAGAAGAAUGAACUGAAAAAUACGCGCUUCUGGGAUUUGUAGGCCAACUUUCUGUUCCACAUUACGUCUCGUACAUGUUCAUUUGUCUCUGGACUUUAGCUGGUUGGAAUCGCAGCGCUUGUGAAAUAGCACAAACAGCACAUAUAGUUUGUUUUAUGGUGGUGUUUUCUGCUAAGUUGGAUGUUUGGAUCAGCUCAUGGAUGUACGGAGAGAGAAGCGAAUGGAUCAUUUAUGUUCUUGCCUAUAAUACGACACUCGAUUGCAGUAACGUCCUCGACUCCAGAUCGCCUCACGCCCCCAUGUGUCAGAGGCCGCCAGCCAUUCAACCGGAAGAGUAACGGCGAGUGAAGAAUGCGACAAAGAAUGCUGAGGGGUUUUAGCUCCGAGCAUUGAUCGAGCAGAUUGCGCCACUGUUUUCUUUUUUAUUUUCUGAAAACACUGAUAGCUUCGCUGCUCGUCUGAUAAAGUGUGUGAGGAGAAGCGGUGGUGCAUCGACCACGCAUCAAUGUCGCCUACCGAGGUGUUGAAAUCGUAGUCUGAGGUGUUACAACUUAGUCAUGUACUCAGUCUCUUUGCUCUUCUCUGGUGUAUUUCUGAACGCUUCUCUCAUCCUCAUCGAAAAAUAGAUGGAAAAAAACACCUUAUGCUCUUUACACUAAGUAUAUGUACUGCUCAAACAUUCUAAAGGAAUGGUACUGUUGAACUAAAUUUCUAUGUAUGAUUAAAAGAUCUUCAGACGACACCCUUGUUUCUGCGCUCCUCUUCUUUUUUGCCGAUAGAGAAACACAUUGAUAAUGCAAUGUGUCAAGGUGAAUUGAACACAAUUGUGUGUUUUGCUUGGCACCUCUAACUAUUAAGUAGUGAGGUUUGCGUUCUUGCUGAUGAUGUUUAUACAUGAUGAUGUAAAUAUAUGCGGUCUGCUCUC